AUGCCAACAACCACAUCCACCACCCCGGCGACAUCGUCUACCCACCUCCCGUUGGACGGUUUCUCGCGCGUCCGUCACCUCUUCAACCCCUGGGAGGAGCCCCAUCCGGGCAGGCGACUACCUCUCACGGCGGCGGAAGAGGCGAGCAGAGACGCGGAGAAGAUGGCCCUCGCCGGCUCGCAACACAUUGACGGUGGAUGUAACGGUGGCAUGGCCGCAAAGGAACUGAAUCCGUACCGCAACAGCCGGCCCUGGCUGGUACGACGCCCGAUCCGCGUUCGAUCACGCACCCCGGUUCCGCUCAAGAUCACGACGCAGAUCGCCGACGAUGCUAAGCUCGCGCCGAUGCCGGCGGUCCGGAUUAUCGGGGCCCCCUCCCCCGCGAUGGCCACCCCCGCCGUACCGGAAGCUGUGCCGGAGACCGAGAGCGAGACGCCCGACGCCGAGGUCGGCGCUGAGCCGGCUGCUGCUGCUGCUGCUGCUGUGGACUUGAAGCCGAGCGAGCUGCCGCUGCCGGCGUCCCCGCCGAUCGACUGCCAAUUUACGGAUUUCUCCAACUUGCUCGGCAUCAGCGUGCAGCCCCCGCCCGAGGAGGAGUCCGUCGUCGUUGCCAACAGCGAGACCGGGUCCUACUGCCACGCGGCGCCCGACGAAGACAUCUACGGCUGGGACGCCGAGCUCGAGCGACAGAGCCAGCACAGCAGCCCGACCCUGGCAUGCCCGUACGACCAGGACUACCAAUACCGCCGCACUAGCAUGACCAAGCGCAGCCUCUUGCACCGUGUUUUCAGCAUGGGGAAUUCCCCCAAGGACUUUGACAGCAUGGAAGUACGCCGAGCUAGCAGUACCUCGAGCUAG